UUGAGAGAAAGAAAUACGCCCGCGUAGCCACGUGGGGCGAAUCACACGUGACUGGCACAGCUAGUAGCUAACAAAAUAAAAUAUGAACCUUAGUUAGCUUUCUAGCUAACCUACCAUGGAGGACCUACCUGCAGAUGUCAAAGCUUUCCUUCUGAAUCACCCAUUUUUUGAACUUACCGACGACGGCAAAAAGAUCAAAUGCGUACUCAAUGGACAUGAUUGUCCUUGCAACCUCACAGAGCUCCAGAACUUCACCAAAGGGAAGAAAUAUCAGAAAAUGUGUUCUAAUGCAGAGUUCAACUAUAGUCAAUAUGAACCACAUGUUGUGCCCAGCUCGAAGCAACCCAAUCAUCUCUUCUGCAAGUUGACGCUCAGACACAUCAAUCGCCUGCCACACCAUGUCUUACAGCAUGUCAAUGGGAAGCGGUUCCAAAAAGCGAAGAAGAAAUAUGAAGAGUGUGUGCAACAGGGUGUGGAGUACAUGCCAGCCAGCCUCCGACAGAAGCAGCCCAGAGAUAGAGAGAAAGAUGGGGAGAGGGGGCGCAACUUCCAGCGGGGGAAUGGAGCGUGGGCUCCUGACUCCAGCGAUGAGGGAGGCAGUGACUCCGAGGACAGCAUGAGUGACCUGUACCCCUCCACUUUAUUCUCUCUGAAAAAGGAGACCGAGGGUAUGGAGGAGGAAAAAUAUGCCUUUAAAACAGAUGAUGAUGAAGAGGAGAUGGAGAUUGAUAAACAGGCGCCACAGAAACGCAAGAAGGUUCAGGAUGGGGGUUUCCAGAAGAAAUUCAAGAAUCAUAACUGUAAAAGAAAAGGUUUUAAAGACCAUGUUAAACAUAUAAAAUAAAGGGGACCUGAGCCCGAGGACCAUGCCUCAGGACUACCUGGCAUGAUGACUCCUUGCUGUCCCCAGUCCACCUGGCCGGGCUGCUGCUCCAGUUUCAACUGUUCCGUCUGCGGCUAUGGAACCCUGACCUGUUCGCCGGACGUGCUACCUGUCCCAGAUCUGCUGUUUUCGACUCUCUAGAGACAGCAGGAGCGGUAGAGAUACUCUCAAUGAUCGGCUAUGAAAAGCCAACUGACAUUUACUCCUGAGGUGCUGACCUGUUGCACCCUCGAUAACCACCCUCGAUAACCACUGUGAUUGUUAUUAUUUGACCAUGCUGGUCAUUUAUGAAUAUUGGAACAUCUUGGCCAUGUUCUGUUAUAA